GCAUGCCGUAGGAUGAUAUCAGUCGUCAUUUAUUAACGAGCCAUUCUCUCCCUUGAGGAUCUUCGCACCUAAUCACGCCCGUCGUCCAAUUUCAGAUUUGAACCGGCUGGCGAUCCAUUCGCUUUAAUCUUUCCCUUUACGCUUCCUUUCCAAGGAAUAUCUGGCCGACCGUAGACCCGGCGAUGGGUCUGUGUCGACCACGCCAUGCAACAACGACGAGAUGAGAUCCUGGCCAAGAAGGCAAAGCUCGCUGAGCUCAAGCGCCAGAGAGAACUGAGAGCAACCCAAACCAAUGCAGGUCGGGUGAGCACAAGUGGUCUUGUUGAUCUGGCGACCCCAACUCCUGGCCAGAAAAAUGACCGAAAACGAGAGAUCGAGGAUAUGAUCGAGAGGUUGGUAGGGGACAGUCGCCCUAGUUCUAUCGCCGGUGCUAUGUCCCCUGGCCGUCGCGGUAGUCGCCCAAACAGUGUCCUCAGCGGCGGCGAGCUUAGUGCUGCUGAGAAUUCCGAAUACACCUCGCCGACCAAUGCUCAGCCUGGCUCCACUGCUCCCUCGCAACCCCAGGUCUUGACCACUGUGCCUCUACAGACGAUCUUCGAGUGCCCCCCUUCACCCGUUAAGGAAACUUUCUCAUAUAGCAAAGGUGUCCAAACCACAGAUGACUGGACACCGCCAGCCACUUCGCGUCCUCGCGCCUUCUCCGAACUUGACGAGGAUGACUUAUCCGCGCCGAUUUCUACGCCGAGCAAGCGCAUGAGCCGUUUCGAACGUGGGCGAGAGGAAGAGCUGCGCCAAAACAUAAGGAAAGAGAUCGAGGAAGAGCUUAAGGCUGCUCGUGAUCUUGUGGCUGAUGGAGUGCUGCAGUCCAGCUCCAUAGCCGCCUCCAAUUUUCCCGCGAGAGCUCUGACUUCAGAAGAACUUGCUGCCGUGACCGCAUCCGACGAGUUCGUUGACUUUGUAGAGAGGUCGACUAAAGUGAUUGAACGUGCCCUUGAUAUGGGUAACGAAUACGAUAUUUUGACAGAUUACUCUCUGCAGGCCCACGAUAUCGAAGAUGAUGACGAGCAAUCAGGAAAUACAGGUGGCAAAGGACGAAGACGGGUUAAAGAAAUUGUGCAAUUCUACGACGACCGGUGGUCCAAGAAGCGCAUGAUCAGCAGCCUAGACUUUUCUCCUAAAUACCCAGAGCUCGUACUUGCUUCAUACACAAAGAAUCCGUCAGCCCCUCAUGAUCCUGACGGCAUUAUCCAAGUAUGGAAUCAGCAUCUUCACGACCGGCCCGAAUUUUUGUUUCACGCCCAAUCUGACAUUCUAGCUGCCAAAUUCUCACCUUUUCAUCCUAAUCUUAUCAUUGGUGGCACAUAUUCUGGGCAAGUGCUUCUAUGGGAUACGCGCGCGAAGACGGCGCCUGUUCAAAAGACGCCACUUACCGGUUCGGGACAUUCGCAUCCUGUGUACUCAGUCGAUAUCGUUGGCACGCAGAACGCGAAUAAUAUCAUUUCCGUCUCCACAGAUGGCGCUCUAUGCGUAUGGAGCGUUGAUAUGCUCUCUCAACCUCAAGAGUCUUUAACACUUACGACUCCACCUCCAAAUAAAUUCGAGGAUCUAGCCCCCACAACCAUGGCGUUUCCUCAGGCAGAUCCUACCUACUUCUUGGUUGGCUCCGAAGAAGGACCCAUAUACCCUUGUCAUCGUUACGAUCGUGCCGGGGCUAAAGCCGGUGUAGACUCCCGGGUCUCCUACAAAGGGCACGCCGCGCCUGUCGUAAGCGUUGAUUUCCACCCGGCACGUGGACCAGUUGAUCUUGGAGACCUCAUCUUAUCAUCAUCCCUGGAUUGGUCCGUGAAGCUCUGGAAGGUGCGUGCGCCAGCGGCUACAAGCACCAUCGUCGAGAGCGCUGGCACUGCCAUAGCACCACUUCUCGAGUUCGUGCGUGAAGAUGUCGUCUAUGACGCCAAGUGGUCCCCGGUACGUCCUGGCGUAUUUGCUCUCGUUGACGGCGCCGGGUCCCUCGAGCUGUGGGAUAUCACAGUCGAGACAGAAAUCCCCGUGGCCAAGAUCAGCCCUACACCAGGUAAGGGCGGGCGCCAGCUCUUAAGCAAGAGCUUGAACAAGGUCGCCUGGGAGACCACCGAUGGAAAGCGCCUAGCUACGGGUGGCAUCGACGCCGUCGUCAGCCUCUUCGAAGUAGGCCCGGACUUGGGUGGGAAGGAGGCAGUACGGAACGACGAAUGGACCAGUGUCAAGAAGCUCGUAGCUCGUCAAGAAGCUAUUAGCGCUGGCGUGAUAGGUGUAGCGUGAAUUGAAUGCGAACUAAAUUCAUUCCAUCUUUUGCUGCUUACUUAUUUUGUCUGCCUGAUUGGUUCGGUUGGAUGGAACAUUGUCCAUUGGUCACACGGAGUAUGGAGUAUAGAGAAACUGCCUAACUAUCUACCAACACAUUCCGCGCCUGUAUUUGUUUUGUACUAUACUAUACCCCUGCUGACAACAUCCACACAAUCAAUUAGGUAGAAACAAGUGGCAUCUUCUGUUGAGGACACUGGUGCACAUCAUGCCUCAUCGUAAUCCUACAUGGAGACGGGUCUUCUACUUUGGUUGACUCAUG